AAUAAAUAUUGACAGUCUUAUAUAAAGAACCUCAUUAAAGUCAAAUGCAUAAAUGAAUUCUCAAACGAAAAAAUCUUAUUGUUAUUUGUUAAAUGUGAAAAGGGAGAUUUUUUUAAUUUUUGAAGAUCCUCAUUAUUCCAUAACUGCUAAACUAGUUUAAUUUUUCAUAUAGUUAUGUGUUUUAAUUACUAUACUAUUAGUAGUAGUUGAUUCGAUAUAUGAAGAUUAAUAAAAUGGGGACGAUUAUUAUAAAGUAAGUAUAUAUUUAGAAUUAAUUAUUUUUGGAGUUUUCCUUUUUGAACUUUUGAUAAGGUUGAGCGUUUGUACAAGUUUUGGGCAAAGCUUUAUUAAUUAUAUUAAAUAGCCUUUAAAUAUUAUUGAUAUUAUGUCAAUAUUACCUUCUUGUAUUGAUUUUGUAUUAAGAAGUAUAGAUUAUAUACCCAUUUUUAAAGCAAAUAAUUUGUAAAUCAUUAGAGUUUUUAAGCUUUUGAGAUUAGUAAGAAUACUUAAACUUUCCAGAUAUAUAUAAGGAAUAAAUACUUUAAGAAAAAGCUUGAAAAAAUCAAGUAGAUAUUUUAGCUUUGUGACUUUAUUUUUACUUAUUUUUAAUAUUUUUACGGGUACUAUUCUUUAUUAUUUAGAACUAAAUUAUACAUAAUCAUCACCUUAAAAUAAUCUCUAAAUAGAAAGUAUUCCUUAAGGCAUGUGGUUGGUUUUAUUAACAAUGACAACUGUAGGAUAUGGAGAUUUUAUUCCUAAUAGUAUAUUUGGAAAAAUUGCGUUAAAUUUCUAUAAAAAAUAAAAUCGUAAGAGAACUUGUUUAGAAAAGUAGUAAAAUGUCAUUUUUAAUUACUAAAGAUUUGAUUGA